UCUGAAAGAGAAAUUGGCGUUUUUUAUUUUUAUGCUCUUUGGUCUUGUUGCUAUUUCUCGCCGGUGUGCUACUGCUGCUGCUUUAUAUCGUCUGCCUUGUCGAAAUACACAUACAUUACCAUCCAAAAUGAUCAAUAACCCUCUUGUUUGGAUUGAUUGUGAGAUGACAGGUCUCGAUAUCGAAAAAGACCAUUUGAUUGAAAUUGCGGUUUUGAUUACCGACGGCGACUUGAACAUCCAGGCAGAGGGACCGGAGUUGAUUAUUCACCAAUCGAAAGAGACCAUGGACGCCAUGAAUGAUUGGUGUAAAGAACAUCACGGAGCGUCGGGAUUAACGGACGCAGUCCUCAAGUCGACGGUGACAGUGGAAGAUGCCGAAAAACAGGUGCUGGCUUUUCUGAAAGAACAUAUUCCGGCAAGCCAGGCUCCCUUGGCCGGCAAUUCAGUUCACGCUGACAAACGGUUCUUGGAAAAGGAGAUGCCCGACCUCGUCCGAUAUCUCCACUAUCGUAUCGUUGACGUGAGCACCAUCAAGGAAUUGACGAAACGAUGGUAUCCUGACGUGGCUUCCGGCCUCGUGAAAAAGGGAGCUCAUCGUGCUCUGGAUGACAUCAAAGAAAGUAUCGACGAACUCAAGUAUUAUCGACAACACGUCUUUGUUACUCCGAAAUAACUUGGGCCAACGAGAUGCAAAACCGUUCACGAGUUGACAUCAGAAACAUAACCAAACAUCUUGUAUCGAUCGUCCACUAAACUCUAUCAAACUAAACUUUCCGAAAGGUCCCAUUUUUCUGAAAAUUAAAAAAAACACACAAUAAAUGGAUACCGUUUUCGUAAGGUUACACAACGACGAAGGGUUGUCAAAUU